AUGGAUGAUGAAUCUGGUCCAAGAAAUUUCAGGAAAAGAUCAUGGAACAACUACCAUGAAGAUCAACAACAUGUCAACUAUCAAGCUGGCGAAGAAUCCAAUAGCACAUGGUUGAAGCAAGCACAUCAAAACGAGGUUCCAUUAUCUUCGAGAGCAGGUUUGUUCCAGUCACUUAUGUAUGAAGCUGUUGGAAGGACUAUAAAUCCGGUGAAUGGAGCAGUGGGGCUUUUGUGGACUGGGAGGUGGCGGUUUUGUCAACUGGGUGUCGAGCAAGUUUUGAGAGGUAACGGUGGCGCGUUGACACCACUGCCGGAUCAUGAGAGUAGUGAAAAGGGAAGUAGUUCUAGACAUCAUCAAAAUCACCAACAAAAACUAAUGAUUGAAGAAAACAAGACACAGUCCGAGGAAUCGGAGUCGUUGACGUUGGGAAGUAGAACAGGAACUGAGAAUUAUUCAUAUGUUUAUGCUAAUUCUCAAACUCAAACUAAUCAACUUCUUAAACUGUUCUUAUGA